AGUGAGUGUGCGUCCAAGCCAACGAUGCCGCCACGAAUACCAGGAUUGUCGUGCCUACGGGCAUCGGCUUCACCCUCCAUUUCUGCGCAAUUCACACUCCCCAUCCGAACUUUUGUUUCGACAGCGCGGGCCAAUGCCGAAUCAAUUGAGCGACAAAAGAAGCGCCUUGCUAGCGAUCCCUACAUAGUUGCGCAGCGCAACCGCAAAAAGGCAGCCAACCUGUCUCGACGUGCCGAACUCGAACAAGCCCGUGUGGCCAGUCUUGGAAACCCUGUUCGCGGUAUACCAACACCGUUUGUAGAGUCUUUUGAUACUGGCAAGCCUAUAACCUACGACGAAGGCAAGAAAAUUCCCCAGGACCGGACGCAUCUCAAUUAUGCAUUCGACCCGACGACUGUGGAGAAGCAAUUAAAGAAGAGCGAGAAGCUAGCGGUACCACUGAGUGAAAUUGCAAAGCAAGCUGCGCCCGCUGCGUACCCAUGGAACGACGCCACGCGGUAUGCUCAGGCAAGGGCAAUUGAGAAGUCGGCGGAGGAAAUUGAAGAGCAAAACAAAAAGGACCAUGCACGUGCAGUCGAGGCGAUUAGGCGAAUCACGGCGCUCGAGAAUGGCUCCAGCAAAGACCGCAUGCGUGUCAACAUUGCGCGAUGUGUCGAGACUUUUGGACGCCACAACACUGACAGGAUAUUCCCACCAAAAGCGCCAUCGCUGAGCCGCUCCGGUGUAGACGAGACUCAUGCCAUCCGCCCAGAGACAAACGUUGCUGCAACAGCCAAGCGAGUAGGACCAGACACGGGAUCUUCUGAAGUCCAGAUUGCUAUCCUGACAGCCAAGAUCAAGACACUAGCGGACUUUUUACAGACACGAGGAAAGGGCGACAAGCACAAUAAGCGGAAUCUGCGGUUGCUGGUGCACAGGAGACAGAAGCUUCUGCAGUAUUUGAGGAGGAAGGAGCGAGGUGGUCCAAGAUGGCAACAUUGCAUUGAGACUCUGGGUCUGACCGAAGGCACAUGGAGGGGUGAGAUUUCGUUGUAAGAGUAUGAAGCAAAGCCCGGAUGAUGGCACUAGCACUAUCGCGUCCGUGACGAAUGUUGAACUAGUCUACGGCUUCACGGGCUGUAAGGGCUACUAAAGCCCCUGUAUACUACGAUUCCAGGCAUUGGCUAUUGUGAAACAUAAAUGUGACAGGCCCCAUCUACGGCAUGCAUCUAAUCUCUUAGCGCGCUUCUGCUAUACGCUGCAGUCCACUCCCGGCGUGUCGUCUCUGCUUCUCCCUAUCCUCACACCGCGUCCUGAACAUCGCGUUCCGAACAUCGAGAAAAGGGCGGUACCAAAAAGGGCGCAACGCAACGCAAC